AGCAAAAUAUAUUAGAGAAGCACACCAGCAGGCAACGAGUCAUUGAAGAAAUUCAGAUUCUUCAAUGGCUGACUUGCACACCAAGCUUCUCUGCCUUCUUCCUCUUCUCUUCAUCAUCAAUGGCAUUAAUGCACAAUUAGUCCAUUUCCCUCAAUUUCCUGUUCCUUUUGGCAACCCUUUCCUCGUACCAGACGGGCUCUUUGGCCAUCACAACCGGCUCCGGGGCCAUCGCCAUGGCGCCGCUUGGGUUGAUCCUGACGCUGCCGUUGGGGGUGAUCCUGAAGCUGCUGCCGUUGGGGGUGAUCCUGACGCCGCGGCUGCUGAGGCCGGCUUAAGAAAUGUUGCUAAGCCUGGGAAAGCUCGCGACAUGAUUCCAAAGGCCGACGAAGAUGCCGGCAAUAAGCCUAAUCCCGAACCGAAGCCCGAGGAAGGUGCCGGCAAUCAGCCUGAUCCCGGGCAACCGAAGCCCGACGAAGGUGCCGGCAAUCAGCCUAAUCCCGGGCAACCGAAGCCCGACGAAGGUGCCGGCAAUAAGCCUAAUCCCGUCAAAGCAGUGGUGGAUGCACCUGCACAGCCUGACUUCCCAACCCAAUACGUGGGGGCAUGGGAAGUAGUUAAAUUGGACGCAGGUGUGUCAGCCAUGCACUUGAAUUUGCUCCCAAACAACAAGCUCAUGAUGUACGAUGCCUCAGCCUUUCAUAUUUCCAACAUCAAAUUGCCCAGAGGAGAAUGCCUUCCCUUCAAGGAUGAUAAGGGCGUCCAGCAAACAGAUUGUUGGUCUCAUGGGGUUGAAUAUGAUGUUGAAACCAAUGCUGUUAGGCCACUCAAGAUCACUACAGACCCAUGGUGCUCAUCAGGAGGGCUUACAGCUGAUGGCAACUUUAUCAGCACUGGUGGCUGGAUGGAUGGAACAAGAAGUGUUAGAUACUUCGAUUUAUGCGAAAAUUGUGACUAUAGGGAUCUCCCAAACGCGUUGGCAGAACCAAGAUGGUAUGCAACUCAGGUGACCCUACCCGAUGGAAGAUUCUUCCUGGCGGGUGGUCGCAAGUCAUACAGCUUUGAGUACGUGCCGCCGGAAGGACAAGUCAACAAACAAGCCAUUUUCUUCCCACUCCUGGACGAGACCACCGACUUAGACGAAAACAACCUCUACCCUUUCGUCCACCUGUCCACCGACGGCAACCUCUUCAUCCUCGCCAACAGCCGCUCCGUCCUGCUCAGCACCAAGACCAACAGAGUCAUCAAGGAGUUUCCAGUGUUGAAGGGCGGUUCAAGAAACUACCCGGCAUCAGGGAUGUCGGCCCUGCUGCCGAUAGACCUCAGCGUCCCCAACAACGCUCCGCUCAUCCCGGCUGAGGUCAUUGUCUGCGGUGGCGCAAAGCCCGAGGCUUAUGGUCUUGCAGGCAAAGGAAACUUCCUUCCGGCCUUGCAAGACUGCGGCAGGCUUAGGAUCACAGACCCCAAUCCACAGUGGGCCACCGAAGUCAUGCCCUCUAGCCGUGUCAUGGGAGAUAUGCUCAACCUCCCCACCGGAGACCUCUUGAUUAUUAACGGCGCCCAACAAGGCGCAUCCGCAUGGUUCCUGGCGGAGCAACCCAAUUUCACUCCCGUGGUUUACAGUCCCAACAACAACGCGGGCACCCGGUUCAGGAACCUAGCCCCGACCCAAAUAGCCAGAAUGUACCACUCAACGGCGGCCUUGCUCCCCAACGGCAAAAUCCUGGUAGCAGGCAGCAACACCAACCCAGGCUACGACUACAAGGCCAAGUACCCAACCGAACUCAGAGUCGAGCACUUCUCGCCGCCUUACCUGGACCCGGCAUUGGCAGCCCACAGGCCCACAGUCAUGGCUCAGAACUCCGACGCCAAGUUGAAGUACGGGCAGCCGUUCACGCUCCAGUUCCAGCUCCAAGACAACCCCGUUGGCAAGGCGGACAUCAAGGUCACCAUGUACUCGCCACCCUUCACGACGCACGGGUACUCGAUGAACCAGAGGUUGCUUGUUUUGGGUAAAAAUGAGCUCACAGAAGCUGGCCCCGGGGUUUACAAGCUUCAGGUGGUGGCCCCGGCGACAAACGUGUUGGCUCCGCCAGGGUACUACCUGGUUUUUGUGGUCUAUCGGGGUGUGCCUAGCGUGGGUCACUGGGUACAGAUUCUUAAUUAAAUUUGGGCUGUAGCUAGCUCCAAGUCCAUCAUCAACAAUCAAGCAAUCAAUGAAUGAAUGAAUGAAUUAAUUAAUCAUCUUUGAUCAUACCAUCUUGCUUCUUGGGUUUUAUGUACGUAUAUACACCAAGCAAACCUUUCAAUUAUAUACAUUCAUUGUUCUAUACGUAUCAUAUUGAUUUAUGCAACAUUCUUUGAUUUUUUU